AUGAUCACAUUUAACAUUUUAACGAUCGUAGUGGCGCUAGCCUUGUGUGGUUGCUGCAUGCAGCCGAUCGAAGGUCAACAGCCAGACCGAAAAUUUAGCAUCGACUUCCAAAACGACACGUUCACCAUGGACGGCCAACCGUUUCAGUUCAUCUCCGGGUCGUUCCACUAUUUUCGCGCGCUCCCAGAAUCGUGGAGGAACAUCUUGCGAUCGAUGCGAGCCGCCGGUUUGAACACCGUAAUGACCUACAUCGAGUGGUCCCUGCAUGAACCAUUUCCGGGCCAAUAUCGCUGGGAUGGCAUAGCGGACCUGGAAAAGUUUAUCGAAACCGCUCAAAGCGAAAACCUUUACGUCAUUCUACGGCCAGGCCCAUACAUAUGCGCCGAGCGGGAUAUGGGUGGUUUCCCGCAUUGGCUGCUUACCAAGUAUCCUGCCGUUAAGCUGCGCACGUACGAUAUAGAUUAUUUAAGGGAAGUUCAGAAAUGGUACAGUACGCUCAUGCCACGCGUCGAACGAUUUCUGUACGGCAACGGGGGACCGGUGAUUAUGGUUUCGAUCGAGAACGAGUACGGAUCUUUCCAAGCUUGCGAUCGUCUGUAUAUGGAGUACAUGAAAAAUUUAACUGUUCACUUUGUGGAGGAUAAAGCAGUUCUCUUCACCAACGAUGGGCCCGAACUUCUGGAGUGUGGAUCCAUCCCUGGAAUCUUACCCACUUUGGACUUUGGCAUAACUAACAAUCCGGGCCAGUUUUGGCAAAGGCUUCGAAAGUUUCUUCCCAAAGGACCGUUAGUCAACGCUGAGUAUUAUCCCGGUUGGUUGACGCACUGGAUGGAACCGACGGCUCGGGUCGAUGCCGACAUGGUGGUCAGCAGUUUGCGCCUUAUGUUGAAUCAAAAAGUGAACGUCAACUUCUACAUGUUCUUCGGUGGAACCAACUUUGGUUUUACCGCCGGUGCGAACGACGUCGGACCGGGUAAGUACAGUGCGGACAUCACGUCCUACGAUUAUGACGCACCGCUGGACGAAGCCGGUGAUCCAACGCCCAAAUACUUUGCCAUCAGGACAGCGCUUAUCGAGUACUUUGGUGACCCGGGUGUUCCGGCACCAGAAAAACUUCCCAAAAUGUCCCUCGAUACUGUGUGGUUGGAACGGCGGGGAUCGCUGAUAUCAAAGCACGGCCGAAAGAUGCUCGCGAAACAAAUGGUAGCUGCACCCAAGCCUGUUUCGUUUGAGGCACUGAACCAACAUUCUGGGUUUUUGCUGUAUGAAACCACCCUAGCCGCAGGACUGAAUCGCGAUCCUUACACACUGACGGUUGAACAUUUGCAUGAUCGUGCUUACGUGCACGUGGACGAUGUCUUCCAAGGUAUUCUCUCUCGUGAAACUAACGUCUAUUCCAUGCCGCUGAGCGUUGGGCUCGGUACAAAACUGCAGCUGCUGGUGGAAAAUCAAGGACGCAUCAACUACAACAUUCCCAAUGACUUCAAAGGCAUCCUAGGAUCGGUAACGGUCGACAGCAAACCGCUGAAUAAUUGGACAAUCACUUGCUUCCCUUUGGACAGCUAUCAGUAUAUGGAAAACUUUUUAAACCAACAAUCCAACGCCGAUGAAGAAGACCUAAAUGAUGCUGCGGCCCAAAUUUACUACGGAACGUUCAUGUUAGGCAACGAAACGAUCUACGAUACCUAUUUGUAUCCGAGCGAAUGGGGUAAAGGAUUGGUUUUCAUCAACGGUUUCAACUUGGGUCGAUACUGGCCACUUGCUGGACCACAAAUAACGCUCUACGUUCCUAGGCAUAUCCUGACGAAAGGUAGCAAUCAUAUCGUAAUGAUUGAAUACCAAAAGAAGAUCCAGUACCCUUACGUUCAGUUCAUCGAUAAGCCGAUAUUCAAUUAA